UUCUUGCGCGGAGCGGUGACCCCGGGGGACCGCGUCGUGGCACCCUGACAGCAGAGGCGCAGCGCCGCGCCUUCACGGCGGCGGCGGGCACGGCGCCGGGCUGCCGAUGUCGAAAUCGUGUCUGGGGGGGUGGUUACUCGCCGCGGCGGGACGGGCCGUGCCCCGGCGGCAGCGCCCGGGUACCGGCGCGCUGGGCGCGGCUGGUUGCCACGACAACCGGCGCGGCGGGCGCCCCCUCCCCCGUCUUCCCCGACGUCAGCCCCGACGGGUGAGGCGGCGGCCGGCAGCGGGGAUCCGGGAGCCGGCGUGUGGCAGCCACUGCGGGUGCCCCCAUGAACGAGCGUCGCGGCCGGGGCUGCCGGGACACCGUGGGGCACCAUGAGAGCGGGCCACGAGCGGAGCCAGGAGUGCCUCCCGCCAAAGAAGCGGGAACUUCCCUCCGCCAGCACCGGCACCGAGGCAGGACGGGCGGGGGGUGCCCAGGCCUCGGGCGAGGGUCCCCAGUGGGCCCGGACAGCUGGGCCGGGUCCUGCGGCCCUGCGCUAUGGCCCUGGCGAGGCCACGGAAGCGGUGGCGGGGCUGACGGUGGACCAAUAUGGGAUGCUCUACAAAGUGGCAGUGCCACCUGCCACUUUCUCCCCCACGGGUCUGCACCCCGUGGUGAACGUGAGCCCCCUGCCCCCUGCCUUCAAUGUGAGCUCGCCAAUAAUCCAGCACCCGGGGGUGCCCUACCCUCCCAUCCACUAUGCGCAGAUCCCUCCAACGUCCCUACAGUUCAUCGGCUCGCAUUACACAGUGCCCUAUGCUGUCCCUCCUGGCUUUAUGCCUAGUCCUCUUCUGUCUCCUUCCACCAACCUCACUGCCUCUCACGUCCCCCAUUUUGUGCCAUACGCCUCUCUCUUCACAGAAGAAGCCGCUCCUUCCCCCCAGACUACCUCUCCUACCCACUUCAACAAAUCCGCUUCUGCAGUCUCUCCUUCUGGCCAGAUGCAGCAUCAUGCUGGGACCCAGCCAUUAGAUACUGCACCAGGUAGAAUUCCUGUUUAUUAUCAGAUGUCCCGCCUCCCACCAGGGUAUUCAGCAUAUGAGACACCUGCAGCGGGUGGAAGCCCAGAGUCUCCUCAGCAGGACAGUCAGCUGAAUUCAGAGGUAGCUGCUGCCAAUGGUGGACAGAGACAUGUGGAGCAUAAUGUGGUGAGGAGGACCAGCGAGGCUGUGGACUCUGCCAGCGGUAAAGCUGAAGACUGUCUGCCAGGGGCUGCAGCGGGAUGUGUGGUCGAUGGACAGUUCCUUUCAGGUUACCAGACGUUGGGAACAGAGGCCUCUGUGCCAGCUCACAGAAGCACCCCAGACGCUGAUCUGGAGGUUCAGAGGGUGGUGGGGGUGUUGGCAUCUCAGGAUUAUCACGUUCUGGCGGCCCAGAGGAAAGAUGACCCGAGCCCUUUAAACCUUUGCCAUAAUAUCCCUGAUCAGCAGGGGGAGUCAAAGGACGUGCUGAGGAACACAGUGGAAAGGGCUGCUGCUGAGAAAAGCCAGUCCAGGAGUCCAUACGUAAUGUCCCCCGAAGAGCCGGUUAGACAAAGACAAUUAACCAAAGGAAUGGUGAUAGCCAACGGCAAGCCAGUCCUGGUUCCCGUUGGAUCUGAGCCCAUCAGGUCUUCCACUUCAGAAACCCUGAUGAGGCGGAGCCCGGACGCACAGGCUCGAGGAAGCGUGCUUGAAAAGGACCUGUCCCAGCUGCAGCCACCCAGCUCCUCACACUUGCCCUCUCACUUCAUGAAAGGAGCCAUCAUCCAGCUGGCUACAGGAGAGCUGAAGCGGGUGGAGGACCUGCAGACUCAAGACUUUGUUCGCAGUGCAGAGGUGAGCGGGGGCCUGAAGAUCGACUCCAGCACCGUGGUGGAUAUCCAGGAAAGCCAGUGGCCUGGGCUUGUCACACUGCAUUUUGUCGUUGGGGAGCAACAAAGUAAAGUGAGCAUUGAUGUGCCCCCAGAGCAUCCCUUCUUUGUGUAUGGCCAGGGUUGGUCCUCCUGUAGCCCAGGGCGGACUGCUCAGCUCUUUGCUUUGCCCUGCCACAGGCUGCAAGUGGGCGAUGUCUGCAUAUCAAUCAGUUUACAGAGCAUGAAUGGCAACUCCGCUUCUCAGGCUAACUACCCUCUCGCAGAUCAGUUGAUAUCUACUAGGGAGAGAUCUGAAAGAACAGCUCAGGGGUCCAGAGAACCGUCUGACAGAGCUGCUGAAAGGAAGAGCCACGCAGGCAGGGACAGCGCAGCCCAGAGCUCUCACACGGAACCCUCUCAGCCUGAGACGGGCGGUCAGCACAGCUGGACAGUCCCAGGCUUCCAAAGAUACAGUGUGCAGGCGGAGGAGCCUCGGCCCUCUCUGCUCCGUCCCUCUUUCAUUCCCCAGGAGGUCAAGCUGUCUAUCGAAGGGCGUUCUAAUGCAGGGAAAUGAUCCCUUUGAGGCUGUGAGCUAGGGCAUCCCCUGCAGGUGAGCCUCACCAUCAGGUGGAGAAAUUGCACAGACUUUGUGACAGGUUCACCAGCGAGGCUGCUUUCUGCCCUGCAGGACUGGGUUUAUUCCAUCCAGUUCAAUGGCUGACCAGUUCCUCUUGGGGAAUCAAGAGGGCUCCAGUGCCUCAGGGAGCAGCAAACGGCUAGCUGGGGUAGAGAACAGGGAUGUGCUCAUGAGCUUGUGAUGAGAGCAUUCCAGAGGUUGGAGGCUGGGGCUUUCUCACACCUCCCUGAAUAACUGAUUCCCUGCAGGGCAGGGUCUAAGCGUUCAGGGUGGGUGGGGAGAUGAGGAGGGCAGACACAGCUUAAAGUAGCAGAUAAGAUUGCUGAAGAUUUUAUUCCUCCUUUCUCACGAUGGGGAGAGAUGGAUCCCCACUGGAGUUUAGGGGGCUCUACUCCCAGUAUCCCUUUUCUUCACACAUGCACUUUAAAAGGACCGUUCACCGAUGGAGCUCUUGAAGGCAGGACAGAGAUGCUUCUCUGGUGGUUCUGUUUAAUGUCUCUUCCACUGAAUCCAACUGCUCUUUCUUCUUGCAAAGAAUGUACAGAUUUGAAUGAAUCACAGAAAUUCAAGAGGAAGGACCAAAAGGAUGGCUUUGGGUGUAGGUGAAUAGGGAACUUGAGCACUUGGGAUGGGACACGAGCUGGGAUGGGAGACGUCAGUUUCCUGCCAUAAAAUACCUUUGCCACCAAAUCAAAUCUUUCUUCCUGUGUUAAUAAUUUAAAAAAAAAAAAAAUCUCUUGGGCUUAUAGCUUUUGCAGAGGCUUAGCCUAUGGGUGAAUGGGGCUGGGGUUUUUUUUGUUUGGUUGGAUUUAUGGUUUUGGUGUUUUGUUUUUUUUUUUAAAGCUGAAGUAAAAUGUAUUCAACAUUCUCUAGGGAAGGAUGGAAACAUAUCCUUUUUCUGUUACAAGAACCGAGACUAUUUUGUAAUUAAAUCAGAAGAAAACUUUCCAGAUCGCUAAUUCUUCCCUGCAGGCAGUUUCCUGAAUAAGCUCUAGACAAGAGACGUGUGUUUGUGCAUGUGCAGGCAAGGUACAAAGUUUCUGCUAAGUACAGUUCUAUGAUUAAUGUAGGGACUCUAAAAAUAUUACAGCAUCAUAGGGCAUUUUGGGAUGGUUUUGUGCUAGGUUUUCUGAUGCUUCUCUUUGGAGUUCCUCUGUAGAACAACAUGGUAAAAUCAAGAGUAGUCUUUUUCACCGUGAGAUUUAAUACAAAUGUAUGUUAAUACCUCGUUAUGGUAAUAACACUCCAUUCAAGUGAAGGCUCUUGUGGUUACACUAAUUUGCCCUCUCUGAUGGUGUGUUAUGACACCAGCUCUAACUGCUUAGCUAGAAUAAAAAAUAGUCACUGUCAUGUUCAGGAUAAGAGUCUUCACUGACUUAACUUGGGUUAAAUAUUCUUUGUAUUAAGGUGCCCAUCUCUGUGCUAGGACCAGGCUUUUGAGAGGAUUUCUUUUCAGUGUGCAGGUCCCCGCUGGCAGUCCCGAUGCUGCUCCUGAUGUUCAGCGUACCGUUUUCCGUCUCCCUUCUCUCAUCUUCCUGAAGUUUUCUGUCAGGCGUGCCUGACUGCUAGGGCACUGCUUCUCUCUUUCCCUGGAUGGCUUGUGUGUCAGCACCUCUCCUCGGCAUAGCCGUCCUUCCGUCAGCUUGCAGUGGUGGUGUCUCAGGGCUGUUCCGCACACUUGCCAGGAACGCGUCCUGUAACUGGUUGGUUUCAGCUGACUGUGAUGGAGGGGUGCUCUGCCUGGAUAUUGGGCAAAUCAGAGAGUCUCCAGAAUGGUCCCUUCCCUCCCGGCCGUCAGUCCUGUUUUCCUAGCACAUUGCUAGCCAUUUCUGUUGCCUUUGACAUGCCUGCACCAGGAGGACGGUUUCUUUUCAGGCCGUAGGUGAUAUGCGCUACUCAUGCCUUCAGUGUUUGUGCCUCACGGGGGUUUCUCCAGAAUGAGGAUGCUGCCUGUAUCACAUGUGGCUUCCCCCAAAUGACAUACUGCUUCCCAUCUCAUCAGCUGCAUUUGAAAUGUGUGAAGUCAUGGUGAUGCUGUCAUGUGAAGAUUCUGCCUCCCUGGAUGCAGCAGCUGUGGGAGCAGAUGCUGUUUUCACGGCACCAUUUGUCAGUAAAACGUACUGUCCGGGCCCAGGUGCCUGGCCUCAUCACCUUGUGUGUUUCACAGUUGCUAUUCAUUGGACUCUCCGACGCAAAGACCUCGAUUAAUGUUGGUUAGUACUUAAUGCUCAGGAUAUCCAGGGUGUCUGUGGCCAAAGGCAGAAGGCAGAGGAGCACAGCUUCUCUUGCCUGUUCUUUGCAUGGAGCAUGCAGAGGAAUUCAGAGCUGUGGCAGGCAGCUAAGAAAGGGAUUUGCAUACGUGUGGCGUGUGAAUGUAGAUGGGCUGAGUGCAUGCAUAGAGGGAAUGUCUGAGCAGCUGAAGGGUGCAGAGCCCCUCACGCGCAUCGUUGAACACAGGAGUCUGUCUCCUAGAGAGAGGGUUUGGAGGGCCUGCCUUGUCUCAUGUGUGUUACUGUAACUACUGUUCCUAGAUCUCGGCCUCACUGAACAGUGGUGUGAAAGGGCAGACACUGGUGUAUGAAGCAAGAUGCUGUGUGGCUGAAAUAGCUUUGUACUGUAGGCAGCUGAAGGGCUGUGAAGGUGCUCACCCUGGACUUUGGCUAGCCACGCAUCUGUUGAGUGUGGUUGUGAGCUCUGUGGAACAGGCCAGGCUGAAUUUGACCUCGGUGCUUCUAUCCAGACUCCCUGUCAGUCCCGCUGUUGUGGAUGUUUCAGCUGCCAGCUCUUCUAUGGAAGCAACGGUUUGGGGCACAUCUCACGGCAGGGCAUUGAGAUGAAGAAUCUGGGCAUCUGGCUGCUUGCCCCAAAGGCGGUGGGCAGGAGGGGGCCACUGGCAGCCCUCUAGCCCAGCUUAGCAGUACUCGUAAUCACUGGAAUCUGUCCUUACUGGGUUGGGCUGUGUUGCUCAGCACCUGUGGUGGCUGUUGUGUUGAGCGUUGAGCCUCUCCCGAGAUUAGGGAACGCGUGAGACGGGCUCUGCUGUCGGCAGAAAGGCUAUGAAUGAGCCCAUGGAGGAGGCUUUUAUUUCUUAGGUUUACAUAGGAAAGGAGGAGAUAAAUCCAGGAGGACAUUGUGGAAUGAGACGGUCAUCCGGGCUUUUCUGCUGGCAGAGAUGUGACAGGCUUCUCAGAGAAAUAUACUGUUUUCCUGCUGCUAUUGUGAAGGGGAGGAGAGCUGUGGUCUCCUGGCCUUGGUCUUACCCAGCUCACACUCUGUGGCAAGAGUCUGUAGGAUGCAAUAAUGGGUGUCUGUAGCCAUCUGUCCCAUCUCAUGAAACAUUCCUUGGGUCAGCUGCCCAGCAGAGGCCAGGCCUGUUUCUAGGCUACGCGUACACCGUUGCUCCAGGAACGUGAGACUUGCUCCAAGCGACGAGCGCUCAUCACUACCAGACUAUGCAGAGGAAGCUCUGUCUGGAAAGAAGGAAAGCUGCAGAGGCCCCUCUGCCUCCCCUUUCCAGCAGGUGCACAAAUAUAAUGCACUUUUCACAUUAAGUGUCCCCGCUCCCCCUGUCCCCACCCCACACUUGAAGUCACUUUCCCCCGUAGAGAACUAACAAUCCUUGUUACUCAGAAAAUAUUGUAAAAGAAACUACAGCAGCUUGAGUAGCCCGAAUGCUAGUUCCUGCCCACAGCAGUACAUGUGCCUUUCCCUAGCGUCGCUCACAACUGCUCUUUGUCUUUCAGGCUGUCCUAGGGCCUGAAACUUUGCAGAAGCUGCUAAGAUGGCUACGAAUGCACAUUCUGUACAGAGUUUGGCCCAGGGUGUGUUCCAUGUAUGGCUUAAAAUGCUGAUGGUCAAGGCCCAUCCCACGGUCUUCACAUGUGUCCAUGGAGGACGGGACUUGCCCCUGCCGCCUCCUAGGCUGCCGCCACCCCACCCUGCAAACGCACCCCUGCACAUUCUAGUUGUUUUCCGCUUUCGUGGCACCUUAGCGCCAGGGGAGGGUCUGCCCGUGCAAAGCAGAGAAGCAGACGCGUCGCACUGGGGGAACCGGCUGGGCUGCGCUGAGGCAAGGAGGUCUUUGUAGAUAAAGUGCUGAUCCCUCAACUAUAAUCCCAGUUAUGUAAUGGCUGUAUUAACAUGUAACCGACCGCAUUGUAUCUAAAGCCUUAGAACUAGUCAGGUGCUCCCCUCCGACCUUGUUCCUGCCCCUUUCCUCCUACCUGAUCUUUAACAAAGCAUUAAUAAUUCUAAGGAUAAUCUCUAUUUUGUUGUGCUUUUUUUGUAACUGUUUUAAAUAAAUCAAUUUGUACUGUA